AUGAUUUGGAUACUUGUUUUUAUUUUGGUGGCCAUAUUUUUUUAUUUUUAUGUGUAUAAACCUCAUCAAUACUGGAAAAAUGCUGGAGUACAAGCAAGCGGGUUUCCUUUACCAAUUGUGGGUAACAGUUUACCACAGAUUAUUGGGAGUCUAAGUAUGGCUGAAUUUAUUGAAAAAAUAUACAAAACUCAGGAAAAUGUUAGAUAUUUGGGUUUAUACAUGGGUAACUUACCUGUCUUGAUUUUGAAGGACACAGAAUUAAUCAAACAAAUUCUGAUAAAGGAUUUUGACCAUUUUUCGGACCACAGACCCUUUAUUCCCAGCGAGUCAGACCCUCUAUGGGGAAACAACUUAUUCGCUCUUACAGGUCCAAAAUGGAGAGAUAUGAGGACAGUAAUGACCCCAGCUUUUACCUCCAGCAAAAUGAAGCAAAUAUUCUUACUUAUCAACGAAACAACAGAAAAUUUUGCACAACAUUUCGAGGAUAAAAAUGAAGAUUUAAUAAGUUUAAAUUUAAAAGAAACUUUCUCGCGAUUGGCCACAGAUAUCAUAGCCACCACAGCUUUUGGUUUAAAAGUGGACAGUCUUAAAGACCCAAAUAACGAUUUUUAUUUGAUGGGCAAAGAAGUUACCACUUUUACUGCUUGGCAAAUAAUUAAAUCUUUUGCUUUUAUGAUAAUUCCGAAAAUAUAUAAAGAAUUCCUUUUGUUUAGGAUUAUAUCCAUCAGAAUAUUUAGUGAGGAAAUCUCAAAUUUUUUUAGAGGCCUGAUAAAGGAAACCAUUGAGUUCAGAGAAAGUAAAAACAUUAAAAGACCCGACAUCAUCCACGUUCUCAUGGAAGCUAGAAAAAACAACAAAGAAGAUACCAUGGUUGAUACAGAAAGACAAGUCUUUAAAAAUGUCACCAUAGAUGAUAUAACCUCUCAGGCAGUAUCAUUUUUCUUUGCUGGAUUUGACUCGGUAUCAGGCUGUAUGAGUUUUACUGCCUAUGAGUUGGCAGUUCAACAAGAUUGUCAAAAUAAGCUUAGAGAUGAAAUAAUGAAAACUUUGAAAGAAUGCGAUGGAAAAUUAACUUAUGAAGCACUAGCGGAGAUGAAAUACAUGGAUAUGGUAGUCUCAGAAAGUCUUCGAAAGUGGCCCAACGCCGUAGCAACAGAUCGUAAUUGCACAAAACCAUAUACCAUUGAACCCAAAUAUCCCAAUGAAACCCCUGUCCAUUUAAAAGUGGACCAACCAGUCUUGAUACCGAUUUUCGCCCUUCAAAGGGACCCGAAAUAUUUUCCAGACCCGGUAAAAUUCGACCCAGAAAGAUUCAAUAGUGAAAAUAGAGCAAAUAUUCCUCCCUUUGCAUAUAUGCCUUUUGGUGUGGGUCCCAGGGCAUGUAUUGGCGCCAGGUUCGCCCUCAUGGAGGUCAAAUGCACUAUGUUUCAUUUGUUGAGGAGUUUUAAAAUCGUCCCGGUGGAAAAAUCAGAAAUACCGCUAAACAUUGCCAGAAGAUCCGCAGGUUUAACAGCGGAAAAUGGGUUCUGGUUUGGCCUACAAAAAUUGUAA